AUGUGUGACUUUAAUCAACUUAGCAAGGAUAUACCAAAUGGGAUUGUGCUCCUUCCGGGACAAGAGGGCUAUGAGGAGGUCCUUGACAGAUGGAGCGUGGCCUGUGUAAAGAGGGCGGCUGCUAUUGUUUUGCCUUCGAAUUCACAAGAGGUUGCUACUGCUGUGAGAUUCGCAGUUUCGAACAAGAUAGUCAUGACUGUCUGUGGUGGUGGACACUCUUCUAGUGGGACCUCUUCUUCUGAAGGCAUGGUCAUUGACCUGAGGAAGAUGCGAAAGGUCAAGGUCGACACGGAAGCUAUGACUGUCGAGUUUGAGGGAGGUUGUCUCUGGAAAGAUGUCGAUGCUGCCCUUGAACAACAUGGACUGGCAACCGUCGGAGGUGUUGUCAACCACACAGGAGUUGGGGGGCUAACGUUGGGUGGAGGGCACGGAUAUCUGACACCUCUCCACGGACUGACUAUCGACAAUAUGAUUUCCGCAGAUGUUGUUCUCGCCGAUGGCACCAUUGUGGAGGCGUCAGAGGACAAAGAUCCAGAUCUCUUCUGGGCUAUUCGAGGGGCAGGGGCUCAGUUUGGCGUUGUGGCCCGUUUCGUCUCACGCGCCCACGAGCAGGGCAAGGUCUGGAGUGGCACGUUGGCAUAUUUGGCUGACAAGCUGUCCGCCUUGCUAUCCGUUGCGAACGAUCUUCACCAACGACAUACCUCAGAAGGCCAUUGCCUUGCUCUAGGGAUUGGCUUUGGGCCGGACGGCACACGCGUUGUUUCCGCGAUCCCCAUGUUCCAUGGCUCAGAGACAGAUGGGAGAGAAUACUUUUCAGGUCUCCUCAGUGUUGGACCAAUCAUCGACAACACCUCGGUGAUGACGACAGCGCAGAUGAACACUCUCAUGAACCCCAUCAUGGAGCACGGCAUCAGGCGCCUAAUGGGUUCAGGGAACGUGAUAAUGCCGCUGGACGUAAAGUCCAUGUUGCAGAACGCGGAGGAAUUCUGGGAAUUUUGCGAAUCUCACAAAGGCAUGGGUCAUUCUGCACUUGCCAUCGAGUUCUUUCCGACGGAUAAGAUUCGCGAGGUUGCGCAGGAUGCCACGGCAUAUGCCAACCGGGGAGACUACUAUGAUGCCAUGACGAUAUUCGCGUGGGAAGAUGCAGCCCACGAUGCAGAGGUGCGCCGUUUCAACCGGGAUCUCUGCAGACGCAUCCGCGAGACGAAUGGUUACCAGGCGGUCUCUGGUGGUCACUGGAGCAAGGGACCUGUCGGGGUGUACAUCAACAUUGAGGCGGAUAGUGUCUCGCCCAAGGACGCUUGGGGAGUAAAUCUGCCGCGGUUGAGGGAGUUGAAGAAGAAGUAUGAUCCACAGAAUGUGUUUCACAAGUGGCAUGGCAUUGCAGAGACGACAGAGUCUGUAUCAUGA